CCGUGGGAAAAUCACUUGCACCUUCUCCCUGAAUUGGCAGGCCCGCGCCAGAGGACCAAUCAGGUUUCGGCACCUGUAGUGGGGAAACCUCGUCUUCUCUAUUCUUCUAGCCGGAGCUCUUCUGCAGAUUUCUCCUGCUCCUCCUUCGGCGUCGUACGGACUCAAUUUCUUCUUCUAAAUCCGUUUUCUCUGGCCCCCACUUUCCUCAUCAUCAUCGUCGUCAAGAGCUUCAGAAAUCCUCCGACUGUUCUUCCCUGAAUCGGCUGUGAAAUGUGAGAGCUAGGGUUUCAAGACUCUCCCGCAGCUCGGAACUCCACGAAACUGAUUGGAAUCAAUUUCCUCGAUUCUAGGGUUCGACUGACUAGUGUUUGGCUCGGUUCCUUUUUGUCACAGGAGGAAGUCGGUGAAUCGACCUCCGACGCCAGACGCGGUGGAGGAGCAGGAAGAGAAGGAGCCUUCGCUUCAGGAAGUAAUCAACGUCAAGGUUCGGCUGAGUAAUCGAUUUCGGAAACUCUCGUCGGUUUUCGAUGAUACUAGCUGUCGGCAACUUGUGGAUUGAAUUUUUGUAUUGAUUUAACAGUUGGUCGAGAGUGGAGAGAAAGAGCGGUUGAUGGAGCUUCUGAGGGAGAGGCUGAUCGAGUGUGGAUGGAAAGACGAGAUGAAAGCUCUCUGCAGGGCUUUCAUAAAGAAGAAAGGCAGGAGUAACGUGACUGUGGAUGAUCUUGUACAUGUGAUUACACCUAAAGGCAGAGCCUCGGUUCCUGAUUCGGUAAAGGCCGAGCUGUUGCAAAGAAUUCGUGCUUUUCUAGUGCAAGCCUCGGUUUAGUUUGUCCCUUGCCCUACCCUGUUUAGCUAGAGUAGUGGAUUGCCUGCACGGAACCUUCGAACCAAGUCUCGUACGAAAGAGAAACUGUUCCAGAUGUUGACAUAGUCUACUUGGAAGGAACCAAGCGGGCUGCUGCUGCUGCAGUCUGUCUGCUGCAAUCCACCCAAAUGCUGCAAAUCUUGAACAAAAUGCUCAGAAAUAUUAGGUGUUACUUACAAAAUGUGUAAUGUAUCAUUAUAUAACAUACUUGUGUGCUUUCUGGAGCGAAUUUUAGCAGAUUGCUUAUGUAAUGUUUCCGAAAUUUGUGAUAUGAAAUUGGAUUGAGCUGGCUCUUUGCGUGUUUUUUCUGCAUUACUACGUGAAAGAACAUCAUAUCAUAUCUGAUAUUUUUGGCUUAUGCAUUUUUGAAUGGAUUAAUUGGAGAUGCACAAGGUUAAAGCAUUAUCAUUCGGAUGAGUGAUUCAAAAUCCAUUUGUUUCGCCUUUGGUUUCAAAUCAAUCAACAUGACUUACCUUUUGACUCCUUGGUCCCGUUUGAUUUGAUACAGUUGUAAUCACAAUAUCACAUGAUGAGUUGUUCUUUUUCCCAAUCUGAUAAUAGGCGCAACAAUCAUCGGCCAAAUGAAUCCAAUCCUCACAUUGAUUUGUUGGGCCCUUUGUCCACCUUCCACCCAUCUCACUUUGAUACAAAACUGCCGCCCAUUUGAGUUAACGGAUGGAACACUUCUAGCAAAAACAAGUCAAUAUCGAUGCAAUUAUUAUGGACCUCUUUAGUAUAGUUUUAUUUUUAUUUUAUUUUUAUGAAUAGUAUAGUUUUAUUGUUGUGGUUGUACCAAGAUAGUAACAAUAUAGAAGUAUUGAGGGGUGGUUCGGUAACUCGAUACCUAUGUCUGCUCCGUACUAAGUGCAUGUUAGGUCGAGUAAUAUCCCCGGCGGAUUGAUACAUCCUAAUAUAUUAUUUGAAAACAAUGUCGAUAUAUAACUUUUUUACAAAAAGAAAUCGCGAAAACAAUGAGAAAUAUAAUAGAAUAAAUAAC